AUGGCCACCCCCUACCCCAGAGGCGGUGGCCGCGGAGAAGUCAGGUGCGGGGCGGGCCGCGGAGCCGGCGCCCCCUGGGACUUCCUGCCGGGGCUCGUGGUCAAGGCCCCGCCCGGACCCUGCCUGCAGGCGCAGCGCAAAGAAAAGUCCCGCAACGCGGCGCGCUGGCGACGCGGGAAGGAAAACCUAGAGUUCUUCGAGCUGGCCAAGCUGCUCCCUCUGCCCGGCGCCAUCUCCAGCCAGCUGGACAAGGCGUCCAUCGUGCGCCUCAGCGUCACCUACCUCCGCCUGCGUCGCUUCGCCGCGCUGGGGGCGCCGCCCUGGGGCCUGCGGGCCGUGGGGCCGCCGGCGGGGCUCGCCCCUGGCCGCCGAGGCCCUGUGGCUCUGGUCUCUGAAGUCUUCGAGCAACACCUUGGUGGACACAUUCUACAGUCCCUGGAUGGCUUUGUGUUCGCCUUGAACCAGGAAGGAAAGUUCCUCUACAUCUCAGAGACAGUGUCCAUCUACCUGGGACUGUCACAGGUGGAGCUGACGGGCAGCAGCGUCUUCGACUACAUCCACCCUGGGGACCAUUCGGAGGUCCUAGAGCAACUCGGACUGCGGGCCGCGACCUCUGGGCCCCCCACGCCACCGUCUUUGUCUUCCUCUUCCUCCUCCUCGUCUUCCUCCUCGCUAGUGGACACCCCCGAGAUUGAAGCCAGCCCCACCGAGACAUCCCCUGCCUUCCGGGUCCAGGAGCGCUCCUUCUUUGUCCGCAUGAAGUCCACCCUCACCAAGAGAGGUCUGAACGUCAAAGCUUCGGGGUACAAGGUCAUUCACGUGACAGGGCGCCUGAGGGCCCGAGCCCUGGGCCUUGUGGCCCUGGGCCACACACUGCCCCCAGCCCCGCUGGCUGAACUGCCUCUGCACGGACACAUGAUCGUCUUCCGCCUCAGCCUGGGCCUCACCAUCCUAGCUUGUGAGAGCAGAGUUAGCGACCAUAUGGACAUGGGACCUUCAGAACUGGUGGGACGCAGCUGCUACCAGUUUGUCCAUGGACAGGACGCAACCAGGAUCCGUCAAAGCCAUCUGGACCUGCUGGACAAAGGUCAGGUGGUGACUGGUUACUACCGUUGGCUGCAGCGUGCGGGGGGCUUUGUGUGGCUGCAGUCUGUAGCCACCGUGGCCGGGAACGGGAAGAGCUCCGGGGAGCAUCACGUGCUGUGGGUCAGCCAUGUGCUCAGCCAUGCCGAAGGGGGCCAAACACCCCUGGAUGCGUUCCAGCUCCCAGCUGUGGUGUCUCAGGAGGACUCGCCCAGCCCGGGCCCAGAGCCCACAGAGGAAGAGCCUGCAGUUGACCCAAAGCAGGCUGCCUCCGUGGACCAGGACAAAGACACUCAGACCCAAGGCAAACGCAUCAAGGUGGAGCCCGGCCCAAAGGAGGCUAGAGCCGCAGAGGACAGUGGAGAGGAGGAGCUCUCAGACCCACCGGACCCACCUCGUAGAGGAGAAUUCACCUCUGUUAUCCGGGCAGGGGCCCUGAAGCACGAUCCAGUACUACCAUGGGGCCUGACAACUCCGGGGGAGCCCUCCCCCGCCCUCCUUCACGCAGGCUUCUUGCCUCCUGUGGUGCGGGGCCUGUGCACGCCGGGCGCCAUCCGCUAUGGGCCUGCAGAGCUGAGCCUGAUGUAUCCGCACCUGCACAGGCUAGGUCCAGGACCCACGUUCCCAGAGGCCUUCUACCCCACGCUGGGCCUGCCAUAUCCUGCGGCCUCGGGGACCAGGGUGCAGCGGAAGGGAGACUGAAGACAGUAUAACACUGGGCCCUUGUUGAGAAUUAAACACCACUCCCUGAGGGGCUCCGUCCCCAGGGACUCUGCCUCUGC